AUGUCCAACAUAGAGGCCCAGAAGUCUGCUCUUUCUGGUGAGAUCGAAGAACAGAAGAAAGCCGACGUCAACUUCGAAGACCGCAGUGAACAGUCGGAAUCUGACCAUGCCUCUUCUAGCACACUCACUCUGUGGCAGAGAUUCAAGACAAGAUUUCCUUACUGGAAGCUUGUACUUCAUAUCUUGAUUGGUUGUUUUUUUACUGGUUGGUGGCUUUCCAUCAUUAUCCAAGAUGAGCACAGAGGUGAAUGGUUAAUCCCAACCGUUCUUUGGGGUAUGCUCAUGGUGCGUUUGAUCUCCUGGCAUUGCAGAAUUCUUUAUAUUGCCUAUCAUUAUGCUGCUAAGGUAUGGAACUACUUUACCAACAUUGUCUAUACUAAGAUUCUUACAACCAAACCUAGAAGAUUGUUGGUCGGUGCUACUAUCUUGGUCGGCGUUAUCUUACUCGGUACAUUCAUUCCUGAGGAAAUCGAGUUUUCUAAGAGAGAAGACAGAGCCAUCUCUUUCUGUGGUUUGGUUGUGGCAGUUGCUGGUUUGUACGCUACGUCGAAGAACAGAUCUAAGAUUCUGUGGAAUGCCGUGAUUGGUGGUAUCUUGAUGCAAUUUAUCAUUGCUCUUUUUGUCUUGCGUACGAAAGCAGGUUAUGAUAUCUUUAACUUUAUUUCUACUUUGGCAAGAGAGUUGUUAGGAUUCGCUAAAGAUGGUGUGGCUUUCUUGACUAACGAGGAAGUUUCCCAGAUUGGUAUGUUCUUCUUCACUGUUUUGCCUGCCGUCGCUUUCUUCGUCGCUUUCGUUCACAUCUUUUACUACUACGGUGUCAUUCAGUGGUUCAUUGGUAAGUUCGCCAAGUUCUUUUUCUGGACGCUUCGUAUCUCUGGAGCUGAAGCCAUCACUGCAUCUGCCUCUCCAUUUAUUGGUAUUGGUGAGUCAGCUAUCUUGAUUAAAGAUUUGUUGCCCCUCCUUACUCAGGCUGAGUUGCAUCAAGUCAUGACCUCGGGUUUCUCGACCAUUUCUGGUGCUGUGUUGGUUGGUUACAUUGGUUUGGGUUUGAAUGCUCAAGCUUUGGUCUCUUCGUGUAUUAUGUCCAUUCCUGCUUCCAUUGCUGUUUCCAAGUUGAGAUUCCCAGAGACAGAGGUUCCUGUUUCUCAAGGUACAGUCGAGUUCCCAGAGGAAACUGAUCCUAACAAGAGGCCACAGAACGUGCUUCAAUCUUUCUCUGAAGGUGCUACCUUGGGUCUUUACACCGCCGCUACUAUGUUGGUUCAGUGUAUGUGUAUUAUUGCCCUUGUCGCCUUGUUGAACGGUAUCUUGACCUGGUUUGGUAACUUCUGGAACAUUAACGAAUUGACCUUGGACUUGCUUGGUGGCUACUUCUUCUAUCCAGCCACUUUCUUGUUGGGUGUUCCUCGUAAUGAGAUUUUUACCAUCUCCAAGUUGAUCUCCGUCAAGUUCAUGCAAAACGAGUACAUGGCCUACAACAUGUUGGUUAACGAGGCACCAUACAACGAGUUGUCUGACAGAGGUAACUUGAUUGCCACUUACGCUCUUUGUGGUUUCGCUAACUUUGGUUCCAUGGGUAUCACUCUUGGUGUUUUGAACACUUUGAGUAAAGGUAGGAGAUCUGCCGACAUUUCCAGAGAAAUUUGGUCUGCAUUGUUUAGUGGUCUCAUUGCUACAAUGAUGUCAGCUGCUAUGGCAGGUAUGGUCAUCCAUGAUUUGAGUGGCUUUAAGAAUUAA